AUGUCGGACCAAAAAUUUCGCUUGCGGACCUGCUUGUGGUAUGAAUUUAAGCAAGGCAAAUCGGCUGCUGAAGCUCAUCGCGCUCUAUCUCAAGUGUUUGACGAAGAUGCUCUAUCCGAAAGUCAGUGUAAACGAUGGUUCCAGCGCUUCCGAGACGGCGACGAAAGCUUGGAAGACCAAAAACACGGGAGUCGACCUCAAAUCAUCGACAACGACGCAUUGAAGGAAGCCAUUGAGUCGGAUCCACGCCAAACCACUCGCGACCUGGCAGAACAGUUCGGCUGCACUCAUGUCACCAUUGUGAACCAUCUGCAUGGCAUGGGCAAGACGAAUAGAUGCGGAAAAUGGGUACCGCAUAAGCUAUCCGACGCAAACAAGGCGACACGCAUCGCAAUCGCCGGAAAAUUGAAGAAAUGGGCUGGGAAGUUCUGCCUCAUCCGCCAUACAGCCCAGACU